AUGGAGGACUUUGCGAGCGAGUCGGACAGCGACUACACCAGCUACUGGAGAGACUGGUUUAUCUCAUCCAGAGGCAAUGAGUACUUCUGCGAGAUUGACGAGGACUAUCUGACUGAUCGGUUCAACCUGACUGGGUUGAACACGGAAGUACAGUAUUACCAGUAUGCGCUGGACCUCGUCACGGACGUCUUCGACCUCGACUGCGAUGAUGAGAUGCGGGAGACCAUCGAGAAGUCGGCCCGGCACCUGUAUGGACUCGUUCACGCACGAUACGUGGUGACCACUAGGGGGUUGGCCAAGAUGCUUGACAAGUACAAAAAGGCCGACUUUGGCAAGUGCCCUCGCGUCAUGUGCCACUCCCACCCCCUCCUGCCCAUGGGCCUGUCCGACAUCCCCAACCUCAAGCCCGUCAAGCUCUACUGCGCCCGCUGCGAGGACAUCUACAACCCCAAGUCGUCCCGCCACGCCGCCAUCGACGGCGCCUACUUCGGCACCUCCUUCCACAACAUCAUCUUCCAGGUCUACCCGGCCCUCAUCCCCGCCAAGAGCACCGAGCGCUACAUCCCGCGCGUCUACGGGUUCAAGGUCCACGCCGCCGCCGCCCUCGUCCGCUGGCAGAGCGCCAAGCGCGACGACAUGCGCCGCCGCCUGCGGAAGCUCGACGUCGACACCGGCUUCCGCGGCGAUGACGGCGUCGAGGACGAUGAGGAGGGUGAUGUCGAGUUCGAGGGCGUGGACGGCGGCAGGAUGAUCGCCGCCCCCGAUGGGAACAUCCGCUGA